GGGACACGACACAUGCUCUCGCACAUUGUGUAGUGUAGGAAGGAGGAGGAUAUGUUUGCGUGCUUUGUAUAAAGCGAAGUGUCCAGUGAUAGAGCGGCGCUGUACUGUAGCCGCCUUGUCCUAGUAAGCGGCGCACUGUGAUAUUGGCGCCCCCCCGAGGUCCGUCCUCCUCACUCCCCUCCAAACACACACACCACACGAGGGUGAAGCGGGGAUUGUGAACAGUAAUGCCCGGCGCUCCUCUCUCACCACCAUGAACUUACUAAACGACUCGUUGGUGUCUAUAAAAGACAUAAAGACCGGGCAGAAAAACUUAAAUGUCGUCUUUAUAGUGCUGGAGAUCGGAAGAGUCACAAAAACUAAAGAUGGGCAUGAAGUGAGGUCGUGCAAGGUGGCAGAUAAAACGGGGAGCAUCACAGUCUCUGUGUGGGAUGAAAUUGGAAGCCUUAUUCAGCCCGGAGACAUAAUUCGAUUAACCAGAGGGUAUGCUUCUUUGUGGAAAGGAUGCCUAACACUGUACAGUGGAAGAGGAGGCGAGCUUCAAAAAAUAGGAGAAUUUUGUAUGAUAUAUUCAGAGUUGCCAAACUUCAGUGACCCAAAUCCAGACACUGCUGGCCAGCCACCACCAAAGACAAAUCAAACCAAGAAUGUGCAUGGAGAUCAAGGUAAUCACAUUUCACAAAACACAGGUAAUGGGUCACUGUUUUUACCAGGAUGCAAUAAUUCUUUUCCCAAUCAUAUCACUGGUGGCCGUUUAAAUGAACGUGGGCCUGGAAAUUCACACACAGGGACUCCAGCUGCACCAACACAGCCAACAGUUGCCAACAUAAGUAAUGGAAGAGACCCAAGAAGAGCCAAAAGAUGACAUGCGCAUGUUCCUGAAAAUCUUGAACUCCAUACAAAACUACUUGAAUGCUUACUGCACUUUUAUUUGUGGUUAAAUGUGAAGUUGUAACCUCCUAGAUGCUUGAAACACUUUGAAGCUUGAGGGUGGAUUUAUAUGUAAUAAUUUAGUGGGCCAAAUAAGAGUUUGAUUUAUUUUUCGAUCCCUGAAACUUGAAUUGUUCAUAUAAACUAGUCCCUAGCUGCCAGAAAGGGAUGGUUUUCUCCUGCCCAUAUGAAGCUUGCCUUUGGUGAGAUGAGAGAUCUGCUAAUUGCUGUCCAGGUUAUUUUAAAAAUUAAAAAAAUUAUGCUGGGGGGGAAACUAGGGCUCCACAUUUGUUUAAUGUACACUCCCAUAUAAAUUGCCUUUUUAUGCAAGAAAUUUCCUGUUUUGAUCUUUACUUUGCAAUGUUGUGACCUUUUUGUAUUUGAUAAAAAAUUGGUCUAUA